UGACCUGCUGCUCAUCUCUGUCCUGGACGAGAACGACAACCGGCCGCUGUUCUCCAGGAGCAGCUACAGAGCUGAGAUCACAGAGAACUCUGCAGCAGGCAGCACAGUGUCGGUGUUGAACGGUCCGGUUCUGGCUGAGGACAGAGACAUUGGACCGAACGCUGUGGUGAAGUACCGCCUGCUGGGGUCCAGAGUGGACCUCUUCACUGUGGACUCUGACACAGGUGUGAUCCGAGUGCGUCAGGGAGCCAGGCUAGACCGGGAGUCUUUCCAGGAGCCGCGGGUGGAGCUGUUCCUGGUGGGGGAGGACGUCGGGGGUUUAAACAGCAGCGUCCCGCUCACAGUCACCAUCCUGGACCAGAACGACAACCCCCCUGUGUUCAACCCGUCCAGUUUCAGUGUUAGACUACCUGAGAACAGCCCCACAGGUGUGGUGGUGACUCAGCUGUCGGCCUCAGACGCCGACUCGGGCGCCAACGGUUGGCUCAUGUAUCGGCUGGAGAGCGGCGCACAGGACCGCUUCGUUGUAGACCCGCUCUCGGGUGCCGUCCUGGUGGGAAACACCACGCUGGAUCGAGAGGAGCGUGGGUCCUACCGCCUGGUCGUCAUGGCCACAGACCGCGGCACGCCCCCCAUGUCAGGCACGGCCACGCUUACCGUCAUUCUGGACGACGUCAACGACUCCAGACCCCGUUUCAUCGAGCCGGUGACCAUGAUCAACGUGAACGAGUCCACGCCGCCUGGUGUGGUCGUCGCUACGCUGACCGCCGAGGACCCUGACCUGCACCCCCGCCUCGAGUAUUACAUCAUCUCAGUGGAAGCAAAGGAUGAUGGGAACAGCCCGGUGGACGGUCUGCAGGAGUCGUUCGGUAUCGACCUUCACACAGGCGCCGUGUUCGUACGAAACCCGCUCAACAGGGAGCUGGUCGCCACGUUUGACAUCAUCGUGUCCGUCCAUGACAACGCCAGUGAGGUCAUUGACAAGUCAGGCAGUGUUCCUAAUGCGAGGCUGACCAUCAACGUGUUGGACGUGAACGAUAACGCUCCUCGCUUCCGUCCGUUCGGCGUCUCAAACUUCACGGAGAAGAUUCUAGAAGGAGCUCAGCCCGGCACCACGCUGCUGUCCGUGUCUGCCGUAGACCCCGAUAAAGGUCCCAACGGGCAGGUCAUCUACCAGCUGCUGCACCUGCCCCGCGGGGGGUACGUCAGGCUGGAGGACCCAUCCACAGGUAAGAUCGUGGCCAAUCGGACGGUGGAUUUCGAGCAGGUUCAGUGGCUGAACUUCACGAUCCGGGCUCAGGAUCACGGCUCUCCUCCGAGGAUCGCUGAGCUUCCCGUUUUCCUGAGAAUCGUUGACGUGAACGACAACAACCCCGUGUUCCUGCAGCCCUCGUAUCAGGAGCCGGUGUUUGAGAACGUGGACCUGGGGGUUGUCAUAGUCCGGGUCAGUGCAACGGACGCGGACUCUGGGCUGUUUGCUGUGGUGGAGUACAGUCUGGUGGACGGGGAGGGGAAGUUCGGCAUCAGACCGACAACGGGAGAGAUCUACAUCCUGUCUCCUCUGGACAGAGAGACCAAGGAUCACUACACGCUGACCGCCGUCGCCCGGGAUAACCCCGGAGGAAUCUCCAACAACAGACGAGAGAACUCUGUGCAGGUCCUUGUGACGGUCCUCGACAUCAACGACUACCGACCACGUUUCACAGAGCGAGUCUAUAAGACCAGCGUGUUUGAGAACGAGCCGAGUGGGACGUCCGUGAUCACGGUGAAAGCGAGCGACCUGGACGAAGGAGAAAACGGAGCCGUCCUCUACAGCAUGCUGGGACCUCACGCAGACGCGUUCUCCAUGGAUCCUAACACGGGUCUGGUGCGUUCUCGCCGCCUGCUCCAGUCCUCCGAGAGGUUUAAUCUGACCGUGGUGGCAACAGAUCAGGGCCGUCCUCCUCUGUGGGGAACCGCUGACCUCGUCAUCACGGUCAUAGAUGUCAACGACAACAGACCUGUGUUUGUGAGACCGGCCAACGGGACCAUCAUCCACAUCUCUGAGGAGCAGCCCCCCGGCCUUCCCGUGUACGAGGUGCAUGCCACAGACUCUGAUGAGGGGGUGAACGGGGAGGUACGAUACGGCUUCCUGCAGACCGGAGCGGGGAACAGAGACUGGGAGAACUUCCACAUCGACGCCGUGUCCGGAGUCAUCGCCACCACCGUGAGACUGGACCGAGAGAAACAGGCGCUGCUCAGCCUUAUCAUCGUAGCUCGGGACAUGGGCCAGCCGGUGCCGUACGAGACCACUCAGCCCCUGCAGGUGGCGCUGCUGGACAUCGAUGACAAUGAACCGGUUUUCCUCAAACCACCUCGUGGCAGCCUGCCGUUCCAGAAGCUGAGCGUACCUGAGCACUCCCCUGCAGGUACUGUGAUCGGGAACGUCACCAGAGCGGUGGAUGCAGAUGAAGGAUCCAACGCUGUGGUGUAUUACUUUAUAGCAGGAGGAAACGCUGACGGAAACUUCGGCCUCAGUCUGGACGGAGAGCUGAAGCUGCACAAAGACCUGGACCGGGAGGAGACCCCGGUCUACUCAAUCAUCAUUAAGGCCUCAAGCAACAAGAGUUGGACCCCACCCAAAGGUCAGAGGUCAUCCCGGGCACGAGCCCUGGACCCCGCCCGAGACCCUUCUCUGCUGGAGGUACGCAUUGAGCUGGAAGACAUCAACGACCAGAAACCACGCUUCACUAAAGUGGAGUACACUGCAGGCGUGGCUGCAAACGCCAAAGUGGGCUCGGAGCUGAUCAAGGUGGUGGCGAUCGAUAACGACAUUGGGAACAACAGUUUGGUCCAAUAUCACAUCGUGACGAUCAGAUACUUCCAAUCACAGAGCAACGGCAGUGAGGACAUGGGCAGCAUCUUCAUCAUCGGUCUGACCGAUGGAAUCAUCCGAACGUACGACCUCUUCACCGCCUACAACCCGGGCUUCUUUCAGCUCGAGAUUCUGGCCUGUGAUUUCGCGGGUCACUGCACGACCACUAACGUGAACAUUUACAUCCUCCGAGACGACCAGAGGGUCAAAAUCGUCUUCAACGAGAUCCCUGACCUGGUCCGAGAAAACCAGGAAGAGUUCAUCAACCUGCUGUCAAACAUCACCGGAGCCAUCGUCAAUUUAGACGACAUCCAGUUCCACGUGGAUAAGAAGGGCAGAGUGAACUAUGCUCAGACCGACAUGCUGUGCCAUGUGGUCAACUACCAGACCAACACCAUCCUGGAGGUGGACAGGGUGAUCCAGAUGAUCGAUGAGAACAAGGAGCAGCUCAGGAACAUGUUCAGGAAGUUUAACGUUGUGGACGUUCAACCUGCCAUCAGCGACAAACUGCCUGAUGACAUCACCACCCUGCAGCUGGUCAUCAUCAUCCUCGCUGUGCUGCUGUGUUUGGCAGGAAUCCUGUUCGUCACAAUGAACUGGCAUUAUCGCAGAGUACACCAGAGGAAGCUGAAAGCCAUUGUAGCAGGAUCCUCAGGUAAUCAGGGCCUGAUGGACAUCCUGGACAUGCCCAACACCAACAAGUACUCGUUCGAGGGGGCUAAUCCGGUGUGGCUGGACCCGUUCUGUCGUAACCUGGAGCUGGCCACUCAGGCGGACCACGAGGACGACCUGCCGGAGAACCUGAGCGAGAUCACCGACCUGUGGAACAGCCCGGCUCGCACACACGGGACAUUCGGUCGAGAGCCACAAGCCAAACCUGAAGACGACCGCUACCUGAGAGCCGCCAUCCAGGAGUACGACAACAUCGCUAAACUGGGCCAGAUCAUGAGGGAGGGGCCCAUCAAGGGCUCUCUGCUCAAAGUGGUCCUGGAUGACUACCUGAGACUGAAGAAGCUGUUUGCAGCUCGACUCGUCAACGUGUCCACGAGCCAAGGAGAUCACUCGUCUGUCACAGAGCUGAUCCAGAGCGAUCUGGACGAUGACGAGGACGAUCGUUUGAGCGGCGGUCGCGGCACUCUGCGCUUCAAACACAAGCUUCCUGUGGAGCUGAAGGGUCCCGAGGGCGUUCACGUGGUCCACGGCAGCACAGGGACCCUGCUGACCUCUGACCUCAGCAGCCUGCCGGAGGACGACCAGCGGGCUCUGGCUCGCUCUCUGGAGGCUCUGAACACCGAGGGGGGUCUGUACUCGGAACGAAACGCCCGCACCGAGUCCGCCAAGUCCACCCCGCUGCACCGCCACAAAGACGGGGACAUCCUCUCUGAGAGUCCGCUGGAGAUCACUGAGUUAUGACUAGCCGAGGCCUCGCUGGUCUGAAGACGACUCCUGGCUCCACAGCGCCCCCAUCAGGGGGGUGUGAGAGACCGCAGGAGGAGUGUGUGUAGUCUAGUUCACCAAUCAGUUGACGGUCUGCAGCCUGUGAUUGGUCUAUGAGGAUCACAUGAUGAAGGCAGCUGCUGUCAUCAACCUCCAUCCAAAGAGCAGACUGAGCCUCCUGUGGGAGGAGCUUACUCAUCCUCACUGAUCCUGCACCUGGACUGCACACACAUUAACACACACACACACACACAGAUGGAGAGAACUGAAGCUACGUGCUCAGACCAGCAGACAGACUGUGAGACCCUGAGUUUGACGAGGCGUGGACUUCUCAGCGUCAGACGUUAAAAGAUGAUGAAACACUGAUUUUGUACCUGGUGCUGUUUUCACCUGACGCCAGGUGUGUGAGGAGCUCAGACUGUUCUGUGAGGAUUUUAUAAAAGAGGACAAUCAGAGCUGAACUCUUCCUCCUCCUCCUCCUCCUCCUCCUCCUCUCUGAUGAACUGAUGAAUAAUUUUUAUAAAGUUUGAUAUGGAAGGCAGUGAAAAAAUAAAGUCUUCUGGACGGAGCAUAAAAAGAUGAUUUUAUAAAGACGGCGUGAAGCCCACAGAGACUCCACACUGCCACCUGAUGGAAACCAAGAGUCACAACAUUUCCUUUAUUUUUUUAUUUGAUAGAAAAUGUGAUGAAUUAAAGAUAUUUUUAAAGAAACGCUGGUUUACCAAACAGGUCGGAUUAUAUUGGAUGUUUGGAGUAUGUGUAUCUCGUGGUUUGGUGACGUAUGUGUUUGUUUUUCUUUGUAUGAAAAUGUUUCUGACGAGUGCCGUGUUUCUAACGUUCAGUUUUUAUAUUCCCAUUUUGUAACUUUUUAUUUCUUCGUCAUUCUUGUCCUGAGGUCUGUGUCGGGAAAUGUUGGAUGAUCUGUGAUAAUAAAACAAAUAUGCAACAGA